AUGAAUGGGACUCGUACUUACUUUGGUGAUGAUCAGGAUCCAAUGCCCAACAUCUUAAUAGUCGAAAAGACUGAUGUUAAAACGGCAGAUCGGGAAAACAUAAAGCGCAUUAUUCAAUCCAACCUCCAGAAUAUGACUGCAGGAGGAGACGCAUCACUGGCACAGGCCAUUAAGGACGGUCUGGACAACGAAAUGGGAUCAAAGUACUGGCAUUGCAUCGUUGGGAAGGAUUUUGCCUGGUAG